AUGCGUACAUACCGUCCUUUUUCAUCCAGUACUACGGUGUUCACUAAAAGCCAUGAGUGGAUCAAAGUGGAAGGGAGCAGUGCUACUGUUGGCAUCACUAACUAUGCCCAGGAUCAGCUCGGCGAGAUAGUGUAUGUAGACUUCCCACCAGUAGGGACCAAGCUGAAGGGAGGGGAUACUAUGUGCACUCUUGAGAGCGUCAAAGCCGUGGGGGAAGUGUACUGUCCUCUACCCAAAGGAGGGGAGGUAGUAGAGGUUAACGCGGCAUUAGAGGAUACCCCAUCCCAAGUGAACGAGGCCGCUGAGGGUGAUGGAUGGCUCGUGAAACUCAAUUUUGAAGGCCUCAUCAAUGCUGAUGGUGAGAAGUAUCUCACAGCUGAGCAGUACAAUGAGAAGAUGGUCACACCUGGCGAGUAG